GUACAAUCACCAAGUUCUCUGUAACUGGAACCUGGAAUUGUUCUUUCCUCUUCCAUCCUAAACAAGCAAAGAAAACAGUGACAAAACUCAUCCUCUCCACUUGCCACCGUUGAAGAGCGAGGAGUCUUCGAUCUCUACCAGCCCCGAAAUUUCCAACUUGAUUUCUCUUUUUGUCAUCUCACCAUGAUGGAAAUCGAUUCCCUUCCGAACGGCAACAACGCCGCCUCCAACAACUCGACGUCCUCGAAAACGACGCAAUUAAACGAGUCAAUAAAAUUGGAGCAUCAGUUAUUGAGAGUCCCUUUCGAGCACUACAAGAAGACAGUACGAGCCAACCACCGCGCUGUAGAGAAAGAGGUCUCCUCUGUGAUCUCCGGCGUAGCUGAUGCCGCGGAUGCGGACGUGUCCAAGGACGAUGCCGUUCAGCACCUCACUUCUCUCGUGUCUAGGUUGCAGGGACUUAAAAGGAAGAUGGAAGAGGGAAGUCGUGCAGAAAACUUGCAAGCACAGAGGUGCCGCGCUCGACUAGAUCAUUUGGAAUCAGCUGAUGCAGAGAAUCUCUCAAGGUGGAACAACACGCGUCUGAAGCGAAUUCUUGUGGAUUACAUGCUGCGAAUGUCGUAUUAUGACACAGCAGUGAAACUGGCAGAAAGCAGCAGUAUACGGGAUCUUGUUGACAUAGAUGUAUUUGAAGAAGCAAAAAAGGUUAUUGAUGCUCUUCAAAAUAAGGAGGUAGGACCUGCCCUAGCAUGGUGUGCUGACAACAAAUCUCGGUUGAAAAAGUCCAAGAGCAAAUUUGAAUUCCAGUUAAGGCUUCAAGAGUUUAUAGAGUUGGUGCGAGCUGAAAACAACUUGCGUGCCAUUUCAUAUGCUCGAAAGUAUCUCGCUCCUUGGGGUGCCACGCACAUGAAGGAAUUACAGCGGGUAAUGGCAACACUGGCUUUCAAAAGUAACACUGAAUGUACAAUAUACAAGGUUCUAUUUGAACAAAAGCAAUGGGAUUACCUGGUGGAACAAUUUAAACAAGAAUUUUGCAGGUUAUACGGCAUGACCCUUGAGCCAUUGCUAAAUAUUUAUCUGCAAGCAGGCUUGUCCGCUCUGAAAACUCCAUAUUGUUAUGAAGAUGAUUGUACCAAGGAAGACCCUCUAUCACAGGAGAGCUUUCGGAAGCUAGCGAUGCCUUUACCGUACUCUAAGCAGCAUCACUCAAAGCUCGUUUGUUACAUAACAAAAGAGCUAAUGGACACAGAAAACCCUCCUCAAGUUUUGCCCAAUGGCUACGUCUACAGCUCUAAGGCACUUGAAGAUAUGGCCAAGAAAAGUAAUGGGAAAAUCAUUUGUCCAAGGACAGGUUUUGUCUGCAACUAUUCAGAUUUGGUUAAGGCAUACAUAUCAUAAAUCCGCAACAACAUUUUAGUAAUCUCAAAGAAAGAACUUUGCUUUAGGGUUUGGGCUUAUGGGUACGUCUACUGAAAAAAGUAUGCUUACCGCAUGUAUAUAUAUGAUAAAAGCGGCUCUGUAAUUUAUUUAUCAAUUCCUUUGAAUAAAGACUGAAACUAAUUGCCAUGUGUUUAUGUUGGUGUGCUAAAAUUUAAGUUGGAUUUUAUUCUGGUGAUUGGAUAUUGCUUUGGGUUU